AUCUGAUCCAUCACAACCUCUCUCCUUGGCUGAGCUCUCCUCGCAAACGACUCAGAGCUCGUCCACCGCAGAACACUUCCGCACUCGUCGACUAAGCGCUAAGCAGAAAGCUUUGCCCGACGACUGCUGCCUCAUCAACUAGAUUCUCCUCCCUCUCUUACCCUCACCCACUCCUUCGCCGCCUCAAUCAUGGCAGACUCUGGCUCGAACCCUGCUCAAAACCCUCCGGCGCCUAAGCCAGAGGACAACAAGACUGACGAGGACCCGGCCACCGCCAUUCUCCGUCCCAAGAAGUCCCCCAAUCGCCUCUUCGUCGAGGAGUCUACGACCGACGACAACUCGGUAGCAUGUCUUUCGCCAGCCAAGAUGGAGGAGCUCGGUCUCUUCCGUGGCGACACUGUCCUCAUUCGCGGCAAGAAGCGUCGUGAUACCGUCUUGAUCUGCUUGACCGAUGAUUCUACCGAGGAGUCAAAGAUUCGCCUCAAUCGUGUAGCCCGUAAUAACCUGCGUGUCAAGCUCGGAGACAUGAUCACCAUCCACGCCUGCCACGACAUCAAGUAUGGCAAGCGUAUCCACGUCCUCCCCUUCGAUGAUAGCGUCGAGGGCCUCACUGGAAACCUCUUCGACGUCUACCUCAAGCCCUACUUCCUUGAGGCUUACCGUCCAGUGCGCAAGGGAGACACCUUCACCGUCCGCGGUGGUAUGCGCGCAGUCGAGUUCAAGGUCAUCGAGACCGAUCCCGCCGAAUUCUGCAUCGUCGCUCAAGACACUGUCAUCCACACCGAGGGCGACCCGGUCAAGCGUGAGGACGAGGAGGCCAACCUCGCCGAUGUAGGCUACGACGACAUUGGUGGUUGCCGCAAGCAGAUGGCUCAGAUUCGUGAGAUGGUCGAGCUGCCCCUUCGCCACCCUCAGCUCUUCAAGGCAAUCGGAAUCAAGCCCCCUCGCGGUGUCCUCAUGUUCGGUCCCCCGGGUACAGGUAAGACGCUCAUGGCUCGCGCUGUCGCCAACGAGACCGGCGCCUUCUUCUUCCUCAUCAAUGGUCCCGAGAUCAUGAGCAAGAUGGCCGGAGAGUCUGAGUCGAACCUGCGCAAAGCAUUCGAGGAGGCCGAGAAGAACUCGCCUGCCAUCAUCUUCAUCGACGAGAUCGACUCCAUUGCGCCCAAGCGUGAGAAGACCAAUGGAGAGGUCGAGCGUCGUGUCGUCUCGCAGCUCCUCACCCUCAUGGAUGGCCUCAAGGCUCGCUCCAACAUCGUCGUCAUGGCAGCCACCAACCGACCCAACUCUAUUGAUCCUGCCCUUCGUCGCUUCGGCCGCUUCGACCGUGAAGUGGACAUCGGAAUCCCCGACCCGACUGGUCGUCUCGAGAUUCUCCGCAUCCACACCAAGAACAUGAAGCUCGGUGAGGACGUCGAUCUCGAACAGAUUGCCGCUGAGACGCACGGCUACGUUGGAUCAGACAUGGCUGCGCUCUGUUCAGAGGCUGCGAUGCAGCAAAUUCGUGAGAAGAUGGACCUCAUCGACCUCGAUGAGGACACAAUCGAUGCAGAGGUUCUCGACUCGCUCGGCGUCACCAUGGAGAAUUUCCGCUUCGCCCUGGGCGUCUCCAACCCCUCGGCCCUGCGAGAGACGGCCGUCGAGGUGCCUACGGUCACUUGGAACGACAUCGGCGGUCUCGAAAAGGUCAAGCAGGAGCUUCAAGAGACGGUCUCGUACCCCGUCGAGCAUCCCGAGCUUUUCCUCAAGUACGGCAUGUCGCCCUCAAAGGGAGUCCUCUUCUACGGCCCGCCCGGUACCGGUAAGACGCUCCUUGCCAAGGCCAUUGCCAAUGAGUGCCAGGCCAACUUCAUUUCCAUCAAGGGUCCUGAGCUCCUCACGAUGUGGUUCGGAGAGUCCGAGGCCAACGUUCGUGAUGUGUUCGACAAGGCUCGUGCCGCUGCUCCUUGUGUCAUGUUCUUCGAUGAGCUUGACUCCAUCGCCAAGUCUCGUGGCGGCGGCGGCGGCGGCGACGCUGGUGGCGCUUCAGAGCGAGUCGUCAACGCCCUGCUUACCGAGAUGGACGGCAUGAACGCAAAGAAGAACGUCUUCAUCAUCGGCGCUACCAACCGACCGGACAUCAUCGACCCGGCUCUCAUGCGCCCCGGCCGUCUGGACCAGCUUCUCUACAUUCCUCUGCCCGACGAGCUCGGCCGCCUCUCAAUCCUCAAGGCUCAGCUGCGCAAGUCACCGAUCGCCCCGGGUGUCGACCUCAACUACCUCGCACGCCACCUCUCUGGCUUCUCAGGUGCCGACAUCAGCGAGAUUUGCCAGCGUGCGGCCAAGCUCGCGAUUCGCGAGAGCAUUGCCAAGGACGCGGAGCGCUACGCCGAGCAGAAGCGCAAGGAGGCAGCAGCGGGUGGUGGCGGUGACGUCAAGAUGGAGGACGACGCUGCGGCUGCUCCUGCUAAGCCCGCACCAGAAGAUGAGGACUAUGAGGACCCGGUCCCUUACAUCAGUGUCGAGCACUUCGAGCAGGCAAUGUCCACUGCCCGUCGCUCCGUCACCGACUCGGACAUUCGUCGCUACGAGAUGUUCGCUCAAACUCUCAAUACGGCGCGAUCCUUUGGCUCGUUCAAGUUCCCGGGUGAGGGUGGUGCCGGUGGUGGGUCACAACAGCAGAACCCUGCCCAGGGAGGCGGCGGAGGAGGUGCAGCGUUUGGGUCGAAUGACGAUGACGGGGAUGACCUGUACGCGUGAAGCAUCGGAGGAGGGUGAGGAAGCUGGACGAUUGCAGCGAAGCUCUGUCAUUCUAUCCGUCUGAAGAAAGAAGAAUUACAAUUCGUGUCUCGAGAUCAAAGAUG